GAGUUGCCUGCUUCCUCCCGUGUCCAUCCGUUUAGCUGGAGGCUGGGGCCUGGUUUUGGACCAUAUUUGCAUUUUUAGGUCUUUUUGUUCCUGUUAUUUGACAUCUUUUGCUAGAAAAAGCUGAAAGUGAGAGAUCUACAUCGCCUUGUUCGCGGCUAGCGUCGUGUGUAGAACUACAGCGUUAGCCGAAAGCGCUAAUAUAUUAGCUUUGCUUGAUGUUUUGGGCUUUUCUUUGUCGCACUGACGUUUGUUCUUCCUUCUCGUUGCACUCGUGUAACGAAAAAUAAACACAUUUAGUUGAACAAUAAUCUUUAUUCUUUUAUCCUGCGUUCCUUUAGCUUGUUUAAAGCCGUAGGGUAAAAAUCUAUUGUUUUGUUUUUACCUCAGAUUAUUGGCGCUAAUGUGAAUAUGCUAACUAGCUAGCUAGCUUGAGCUGUUUGUUUAUUGUAUUUAAUGACAACAUUUAUAAAUGUUCACACACCAAGGCGUUGAGGGACUUCCGGUUCUUAUCCUCUGCCUUUCUAUAGCAUCGGUUGUUGAGUAAAGUAAAUAAAUAAUAAAAAAAAACAGCUCCCGUCGGUUAAACAAGUGUCCUGACCUGCAGCUACUCAGUUGUUUUGACCCGGUUGCGAUACCCAGGAAUCUUAGCGAAGUCGAAAUAAUUGACGUCGAAUCGAAUUAAUUGGCGCAAAUCCGAAUUCAGCGCGAGAUGUUUCGCUUCCACGAGGACGUCGAUGACAAUCCAUGUAUGAUGGAUCCGUUCGCAGCGCACCGUCGUCAGAUGAGGAGUAUGUUCGGGUCGCUCGGGUACGACCCGUUUCCUCUGACUCCUCAGAUCCAGCCUGCCCGAGCUCCCAUGCAAGUACAGCCUCAAGCUGGUGCAUUGGCCCCCUUUGGCAUGAUGGGAAUGGGAGGAGGAUUCAUGGAUAUGUUCGGGAUGAUGAGUGACAUGAUGGAGAACAUGGAGAGGUUCUCCGGCUCUCCAGCCUGCCAGUCGUUCUCCUCGUCCACCGUCAUUUCGUACAGCAGCGACUCCGGAGCUCCAAAAGUGUAUCAACAAACUAGAGAAAUCAGAACGGCACCUGGAGGGAUCAGGGAGACGCGUCAGUCGUUGCGUGACAGUGAUAGCGGAAUAGAGCGGAUGUCCAUUGGUCACCAUAUUGGAGAUCGAGCUCACGUCAUGGAACGUUCCAGAAACGCACACACCGGAGAUCAGGAGCACCGACAAGAUUUCAUCAACCUAGAAGAAACUGAAGCUGAAGCCUUUGAUGAGGAGUGGAGGAGGGGAGUAGGGCGCUACAUGAACCCUAACGCCCGCGGGCUGGAUUACGGACGGAGCCGAAGGGCAGCGGCAGGACAACUGGCCCUAACCGCACCACCAAACUCCAACUCCUCUUCCUCCCCUCGACCCCCCCAUCGUCCCCGCUACGACUGGUGAAGGAACCAAGCAGAAGAGCCUCAUGAUCUACCUGAUGAUGUGAACAAGAUUGUUUAGGAAACCCUGGUCCUGUGUCCUGGAGUGAUUUGUGUGUGUGUGUGUGUGUGUGUGUGUGUGUGUGUGUGUGUAGUGUUACGCUGCAGGACUGACACUGUACAGAAUAAAUAGAUGGGUCCAAAAAUCCGAGUGCACUCCUGUCCACUCUAUAGGCCACGGCGCAUAAUUCUCAACAUCCCUGUGGACGUGUCCCAAACCACACAUCCUAGGCGUACGAGACAUACGUCUCGUUGCGUUACAGAGCUCAAUGACCGGACCCUACGCUGUCGCAGGGCAUUGUGGGAAUUCCUGUGUGCGCUGAAUAUGCUUCGGCAGAAUAGUGGACUCCAAAGAUUAAAAAGGAAAAAAAAAAGUUGUGAUUUAGAACAUACAGUGAGUGUUAAUAGUAGUAUUGAAACCCCCUUCAUGUUUGCUUGGUAGUGCACUCUGAGAUUUUGGACACUAUGUAGCUUCAUCACAUGCAUACACACACAUAUAUACACACACACACACACACACACACACACACACACACACACACACACACAUUCCUAUGUCUAUUCCUAUGCUUCCAACUCUUAACUAUUAAAAUGUGUAAUUAUAUACUGCUACAUAACAGGCAUGUGCCGAUAUUAAAACGUCAUUGAACCGAAGUUCGGUUGUGAUUUAAAAAAAAAAAAAAAAAUCCCAAUAGUUUUCUUCUUGCGUCUUCUCCUCUAAGAACAUAAACUCCACGUGCUCUAAAAUAAGGACUCAUAAAUAUGAUGGCUGUCCUCGAGCGACGUCGUGAACGAGACGCUGCGCCUCCGACCGACUAGAACGCUGACGCCGUUUUGUGUGAAUAUUGCGCCGUAUUGUAUUCUCGAUCGUCGGCACAUGCCUGCUACACACACUGUACAGUUCAUUAAUGUCUGUGUUGUUUGACGCUAUGCUAAUUUGUGACUUGAGCUGUACACUGUUGACUAGUUAAACUUAUUAAUAAAUAAAUUAAAGUUG